CUUCUGAGAACCCUCUAUAUAACACUUUCUUUUUCUUUCCUCAAAGAAAAAGAAGAAAGAAAAAGCAGAGGAAGGUGAGGGCUUUACAGUGGGAAAGAGUGGCAAAGACUGAAUCUUUUUCUCUUCUUGAAGGUUCAUAUUUGCAUUUCAGUAGUCCCAUUUAUUAUCUCCAUUUCUUUCAGGAAGAGAUAUAAGAUUGGGUUUUGGGAGAAGAAGAGAAAAUGGGACUCCACACAAGUGUGUGUUGUGUCUUAUUGGUUACUUUGCUUACUGUGAGCUUCACUAAUGGGGAAGAUCCAUAUAGGUUCUACAACUGGAAUGUCACCUAUGGUGAUAUCUAUCCCCUUGGUGUAAAACAGCAGGGGAUAUUGAUAAAUGGGCAAUUCCCAGGGCCACAGAUUGAUUGUGUCACCAAUGAUAACCUUAUUAUCAGUGUUUUCAACAGCUUGGAUGAACCUUUUCUCCUUUCUUGGAAUGGAGUGCAGCAGAGAAGGAACUCAUGGCAAGAUGGGGUCUUUGGCACAAAUUGUCCCAUCCCACCAGGACAGAACUUCACCUAUGUUCUCCAAGUCAAGGAUCAGAUUGGAAGUUACUUUUACUUUCCUUCCCUUGCCUUCCACAAAGCUGCAGGAGGAUAUGGUAGCAUCAAAAUCUCAAGUCGACCUCGUAUUCCUGUGCCUUUUCCUCCUCCUGCGGGAGAUUUCCCCAUUCUGGCCGGAGACUGGUUCAAGCAAAAUCACACUGAUUUGAAGGCAAUUUUAGAUGGUGGGAAUAAUCUUCCCUUCCCCGACGGACUUCUCAUCAAUGGCCGAGGAUCAAAUGGGAAUACAUAUACAGUUGAUCAAGGCAACACUUACAGGUUCAGAAUAUCGAAUGUUGGAAUUGCAACAUCCAUCAAUUUCAGAAUCCAAGGUCACAAGAUGCUGCUGGUUGAGGUGGAAGGCAUUCACACCUUGCAAAACACUUACAGCUCUCUUGACAUUCAUUUGGGGCAGUCCUGCUCUGUUCUGGUCACAGCUGAUCAACCACCACAAGAUUACUACAUUGUCGUCUCUACGCGUUUCACUUCACAAGUGCUCUCUGCAACCUCCAUUCUUCACUACAGUAACUCAGCGGGAAGUGUUUCUGGUCCUCCACCUGGUGGCCCAACUACUGAGGUUGACUGGUCUCUUGAACAAGCUCGGUCUUUCAGGAGGAAUUUGACAGCAAGUGGACCAAGACCUAACCCUCAAGGCUCAUAUCAUUAUGGAUUGAUCAACACCACCCGGACAAUCAGGCUUACAAACUCUGCUCCGAUAAUCAAUGGCAAGCAAAGACAUGCUGUAAAUAGUGUCUCCUUCCUCCAACCUGACACACCACUUAAAGUUGCUGACUACUUCAAGAUCUCCGGAGUAUUCUCCAUUGGAAGCAUCUCAGAUAGCCCCACUGGUGGCGGUGCUUAUCUCCAGACUUCUGUCAUGCAUGCUGAUUUCCGAGCCUUUGUUGAACUCGUGUUUGAGAAUCCGGAGGAGACUUUGCAGUCAUGGCACAUUGAUGGUUAUAGUUUCUUUGUUGUUGGUAUGGAUGGUGGAGAGUGGACACCAGCAAGCAGAUUAAGAUACAAUUUGCAGGACACUGUUUCUCGUUACACUGUUCAGGUGUAUCCCAACUCAUGGACUGCAAUUUAUGUGCCUUUGGACAAUGUGGGAAUGUGGAAUGUGAGAUCUGAGAAUUGGGCUCGACAGUACUUAGGCCAGCAGUUCUAUCUUCGUGUAUACUCACCGGCGAAUUCAUGGAGAGAUGAAUAUCCAAUUCCAAAGAAUGCACUUCUGUGUGGUCGGGCAUCAGGCCGGCGAACUCGGCCUCUGUAAGCAAAAUUAGCAGCUUUGUGAUGUAGACUGUCAAGAGUGGUUGUCAAGGCCUUAGAUGUUAUAACUAGGAAAGAAGAUAUAUAUGUCUGCAGAAGUUGUAGUCAGGGCUUAACUCGAGCCAUUUUCAGACUUUACUUCUGGGGAGGUCGGUUGCACUCAUCGAGGAAUGAUUCAUUUCUUUUUUAUGAUCCAAUAUGAAACUCAUGGAUCCUGUAUUCUUUCUUCUUUUUCCACCAUUUUUAAUCAAAAACAAACAUUUAGCCCAA